AUGGGUCAAAUUUCCACUUCAUUAAGUCAAAAUGAGCCACAGAAUCAAGGAAAAUUACCUUCACAGCCUGUACGAAACCCAAGGGAAAAUGCUAAUUCCAUCACAGUAAGAGAUGGCAAGACCUACGAUCCACCCACUAUUCCAUCAAAUUCAGAUGAGGCACCAUUACCUCCUACCCAAUUUUCCCAACAAGACAAAGAUGAAACCCCAACCACAUCACCCAACCUUAAACCCACUAUUUCCACUUAUGUCACUACUCCUCCAUUUCCUAGUCGUUUGAGAAAGACCAAGAAGAAUGAAGCUGAACAGGAAAUAUUGGAGACUUUUCUCAAGGUUGAGGUAAAUAUUCCCUUACUUGAUGCUAUUAAACAAGUACCUCGAUAUGAAAAGUUUUUAAAGGAGUUAUGCACCAAUAAGAGGAAGUUAAAAGGGAAUGAAAAGGUGAGUGUGGGGGAAAAUGUUUCGGCGGUUCUUCAAAAGAAACUUCCACCAAAGUGUAAGGAUCCUGACACCUUCACUAUUCCUUGCACUAUUGGCAAUAAAAGAAUUGAAAGAUACUUUUACAUUCUUGAUAUGGAAGGUGACUCAAUUUCAUGUUCUACACCAGUAUUAUUGGGAAGGCCAUUGUUAAAGACAGCUAGAACUGAGAUAGAUGUUCAUGAGGAAACUUUGACCAUGGAGUUUGAUGGUGAGGUGAUUCAAUUUAAUAUUUUUGAGGCUAUGCGGUAUUCAAGUGAUGUUCAUUCAGUUUCUUCGAUUGAUAUUCUGGAUUCUUUGUCACAAAGAAUUCUGGAUUUACAUGGAGAUGAUGGGUUAGAUAUUGUUUUGAGGGAACUAAUAGAUUUGAAAGAAGAUUUUGUCACUACUAAAGUAAAGGAGACAGUGGCUGCACUUAAUAGUGGUGGAGAGGUUUCUAAAGCGGUGUCGUUCUUAAAGUUGCCUACUUCUCAUGAGCAACUUCAACCAUCUGUUAAAUCACCACCCAAGCUUGAAUUAAAACCACUACCGGAGCAUCUCAAAUAUGUCUACUUGGGUGAGAAAUAG